UGGAGGGGCCCGUUCGGAUCGCAGCCUCAGCCGCCGCCACCGCCGCCGCAGAGCUGGGGGAUGACCUGGGGGUGGCUCCCGGAGCCGGCUGCCGCGCAGGACGUCUGUGGGCUUAGCCAGCCCCGCUGAGAGUGUGCCAAGAACUGUUUUUUACUCUGGAAGUCUAUUCUAUCAGCCCCUGUAUUCUGGCGCUAUGAAUCCAGAUCUUGGAUCAUUACAAACACUGUUGUAUGUUCCUUUUAUGAUCCUGUGCUCUUCUGUAAGUUCAGAUUUGGUACCACGUUUUAUUUCUGAGCCACACUCUAUUGUCCAGAAACUUGGUGAACCUGUAACACUACAAUGUUCUGCUCAACCUGUGACUGUUCACAUAUCAUGGUUGCUUAAUGGAAAAAAAUUCGACAGAAAUGUGGAGCAGAUUGAGGUUCAGCAGGGGACUUUAACUAUCCUUUCUCUCAGCCCUUCUCUUUCUGGGCAGUAUCAGUGCAUCGCUAACAACAGCAUUGGUGCAAUUGUGAGUAAGCCUGGGACAGUAUCCAUUGGAGGCCUUAGUGAUUUUGGUACAUCAACAAAACAUGUUAUUAUAGCAGAAGAACAAAGUGCUGGGUUCAUUGGCUGCAAGAUACCCGAAAGUAAUCCUUCAGCACAGGUGCGCUAUAAGGUCCGGGGAAAAUGGCUGGAAAGUUCCACAGAUAACUACCUAAUCCUUCCGUCAGGAAAUCUUCAGAUUUUGAAUGUAUCUUCAGAGGACAAAGGGUCGUACAAAUGUGCGGCUUACAAUCCUGUCACACGUGAAUUAAAAGUUGAACCCACACGCCACAAGCUCAUUGUGAACCGCCCUUCGUCAAAAUAUGUUCGAAUCAUUCACCCCAUCUUUUCCCAGUCAUUGGCAGCUAUUUCUCACAAUCCUGUAACUCUGGAAUGUGUGGUGAGUGGGGUGCCUGCUUCUCAAGUGCAGUGGCUAAAGGAUGGUCAUGGUUCUCUACUGGGAGGUAACUGGAGACAGUUGUAUUCCCACCUUGUCACAGAUAGCAUAGACCCAUCUGAUGCUGGAAACUAUUCCUGUGUGGUGGGAAACAAGUCUGGAGAACUCACACGUGUGACCUACACAGUUAAUGUGCUUGAACAAGCCUCAAUUUCCAAAGGAUUGAGGGACCAGACAGUCUCCUUGGGUGCCACAGUGCAUUUCAUAUGUACUGUUCAUGGGAACCCAGCUCCCAGUCUUACCUGGUUUCAUAAUGCAGAGCCCAUACACCCUUCCUUGCGGCACAUGAUAGUAGGAAACACGUUGAGAAUCAGUGGUGUUGCCAUGGAAGACUCAGGGUUAUACCAAUGUGUGGUGGAGAAUGGGAUAGGAUUUAUGCAGUCUACUGGGAGACUUGAAAUUGAAACAGGCAGUGGAUCCAAACCAAUUAUAGUAACACCACCAGCAAGCACAAAGGUGAUAGGCGGUGACUUUGUCACUUUAUCCUGCAAUGCCACUGGGCUGCCAGUUCCCGUUAUUCGUUGGUAUGACAGCCAUGGUUUGAUAACCAGCCAUCCCUCCCAAGUACUUCGCUCUAAGUCACGAAAAUCACACUUGGCGAAAUCUGGAGAUGUCACAUUAGAGCCUGUUUACUUCAUCAUGUCUCGAGCUGGAUCAAGCUCUCUAUAUAUUCAGGCUGUCACUCUGGCACAUGCUGGAAAAUAUACUUGUGAAGCCACAAAUGAACAUGGUUCUACAUUGUCAGAGGCAUUCCUUACAGUUGUUCCUUUUGAAACAAGCACUAACGCUGAAACAGUUACACCUAUUGAUGCCACACAGAGUGAUGGACGUAAAAAGGAUGAUUCUGCAACAAGGCCUUUGAACAUUUUUCCAAUGAAGUUAUAUUCCAACACAACAGAGGCAUCAAUAGAAAGAAAUACCAGUAGUUUCUCUGCUCCUGAUGCUCCCAUCAUAAUGAGCCCCCCACAGACCCACAAACCAGAUGCUUACAACCUGAUCUGGAGAUCAGGGAAAGAUGGUGGACUACCCAUCAAUGCCUACUUUGUGAAAUAUAGAAAGCUGGAUGAUGGAGUUGGUUUAGUGGGAAAUUGGCACACAGUUAGAGUUCCUGGAAGUGAAAAUGAACUCCACCUGACAGAACUGGAACCUUCCAGUCUAUAUGAAGUGUUGAUGGUAGCAAGAAGUGCAGCAGGUGAAGGACAGCCUGCUAUGCUUACCUUCCGAACUAGCAAAGAGAAAACACCAUCAUCAAAAAACACUCAGGCUUCCUCUCCACCAGUGGGCAUCCCGAAACAUCCUGUUGUUUCAGAGGGGUCCAAUAGCAACUUUGGAGUGGUGCUUACAGAUCCCUCCAGGCAUAGUGGAGUUCCAGAAGCACCAGAUCGACCUACUAUUUCUAUGGCUUCAGAGACUUCUGUGUAUGUCACUUGGAUUCCUAGGGCAAAUGGAGGUUCUCCUAUCACUGCCUUCAAGGUUGAAUAUAAAAGGAUGAAGAAUAGUGAUUGGCUAGUGGCAGCUGAAGAUAUCCCUCCUUCCAAACUUUCUGUGGAAGUGCGUAGCUUAGAACCAGGGUCCACAUAUAAAUUUAGGGUAAUUGCUAUCAACCAUUAUGGUGAGAGUUUUCGAAGCUCUGCGUCUCGCCCUUACCAAGUAGCUGGAUUCCCCAACCGCUUUUCCAACCCUCCAGUUGCCGGACCUCACAUCACAUAUACCGAAGCUGUCAGUGAUACUCAGAUUAUGUUGAAAUGGAAGUACAUUCCUUCAAGCAACAAUAACACACCUAUCCAAGGAUUUUAUAUCUAUUACCGACCAACAGAUAGUGAUAAUGACAGUGAUUACAAGAGGGAUGUUGUAGAAGGUUCAAAACAAUGGCAUGUGAUUGGUCACCUGCAACCAGAAACAUCUUAUGACAUUAAAAUGCAAUGCUUUAAUGAAGGGGGAGAAAGUGAAUUCAGCAAUGUGAUGAUCUGUGAAACCAAAGUGAAGCGAGUUCCUGGAGCUUCGGAGGAUCCUGUCAAGGACUUGAGCACCCCUCCGACUUCUUUGGGAGGUGGAGGGAAUGUUGGUCUGGCGCUGGGUCCUGCCCGCAGCAGCGAUAUGCUUUAUCUAAUUGUAGGCUGUGUCCUUGGAGUUAUGGUGCUUAUUCUCAUGGUUUUCAUUGCCAUGUGCUUGUGGAAGAAUCGACAGCAAAAUACCAUACAGAAAUAUGACCCACCAGGAUACCUCUAUCAGGGCUCAGAUAUGAAUGGACCAGUGAUGGAAUAUACCACUCUGCCUGGCACAAGCCGAAUCAAUGGCAGUGUCCAUGGAAGCUUUAUCAGCAAUGGAACUCUCAGCAAUGGCUGCCCACAUCUCCACCAUAAAGUUCCUAAUGGACUCAAUGGGAUCGUGAAUGGGAAUGUAAAUGGAGGACAUUACCCUGGACACAACUCCCUUACCAGAACUCAUGUGGAAUAUGAGCAUCCUCACCACUUAGUGAAUAGCGGUGGAAUGUAUACAGCAGUGCCCCAGACCGACCCUUUGGAGUGUGUUAACUGCCGAAAUUGUAGAAACAACAACAGGUGUUUCACCAAAACCAAUGGCACUUUCAGCAACAGUCCCCUUCCCGUGAUCCCGAUGGUAGCACCUUAUCAACCAGAUAGUUUAGAGAUGAAGCCCCUGAGUCACAUGAUGGUACCCAUGUGCCUAGCUUCCACAGCUCCAGAAUGUGGCGAAUUACCUGAGGAGGUCAUCAAGGACAAAUUGGCACCAGCAACCACCCAACAUCCUUGCUGUCAGGAAAACAUGAAGCAGAUUGACUCAGACUGCACAGAAGGAGACAGCUGUCUACAUUCUGAAACCGAGAAUCACAUUUUGAGUUGGAGCUCCCUUAUUUUGCCAUCUCUUUCAAGGGACUGUAGUGAAAAGACAGCCUGGUCUUCAGCUGAUAUUACUGUAGACAACACUUCAAGGGACCUUCAGCAAUCCCAGGAAACCUGAAUGUGUGCAAGCGACUUUGUUCCAACUUCAAGCCAGUAACUGCACAACAUGGGCAUGGGAAGGGACUACAGGAAAGACAUUAAUUCAAAACAGAGACAAAGUUAUUAUUUAUUUUCUUGUAGUAGUAAUGUCAUUUGAAUGUAUCUUAAAAUGUUUGCCUUUUUAUAUUAUUUAUGCCUUGAAAAAUUCCCUUCCUCAUCCCUUUCUCCCUUACAGUACAAAGUGGUGUUGUUCUGUAUAGUUUUAAAAGAAUCUAAAAGCCAAUGGAAUCAUCCCAUAUUUUCCAAUAACCUUAAUUAUGGGAGGACUCUAUCUGUAGAGAAUCUUGACUUUUGGCAGUUAGAGCCAAAGGGCAAUUGCACAGGCAUUUUGAAGUUUGCUGCCAGUCACAUUGUUGUCAAAUGGAGAGCUGUCUGGUUGGUGUGGUCUUUUUGCAGCAAGAUCUGAGGACAUUUUUAUGUCAGUCACAGUUUAAUGUUUUACAAGGGGAUGCCUUGACCUGACAGAUCUGACUUACAUGAGCUGUGAGAGCGCUGAUCACCCAGGUAUUGGAAUAAUGAGUUAACUUGCUCUCUGUAGUUGAACACAAGUUUGGAUGCACUUUCUACAAUACAAUAACAGUAUUGGCAUCCAAAAACAGGCCAGGAGGGACAAUAACCCUCUUAAUAUACUUUAAUAGACAGUAAGAUACAAGGUCCCCCCCCCCAAAACAAAAUCGGUUGCCAUUCUGAAAGGGUAGGAAGAAAACCAAACUUUACAAAGUGAAUUUGAGAAAAGACCAUACAUUUAAAGAGGAGGAGGGAGAACUGCAGCUCAUAUCCGAGGAGGGGGAGCAUGUGGAUUGUAGCCAGGGUGUACCACAUGAUCUAAAAAGGGGCAUUUUCCAACUUGCUUAGCAUGGCCAAUUGCCUAGAAGAUACGGGUUUUUAAAGAAAACAGGUAUCAGGAACCAGCAUUUUUGGUGAGGUAUAUGUAGAAGACAAGGGUGCAGGUGGUUUGUUACUUCCUGCCCAUUCUUUAAAGAUAUCAUCAUAGUAAUACACAACCAUCUAGAGCUUUAGCUAACAAGGCCUGUUAAUCUCAGUUACUGUUGCCCUUGGGUAAUGGGGACAAGUACAGCUGCCUUUGAGAGACUUCACUUAAAAAAGAGAAGAUCAGUGAUAAGUGUGUUUAAUAGCAAACUUGAGUCAAGCUUUUAUGGGAUGUUGUUCCUGGUUUAAGUUGCCUAUCCCUUGGGGUGUGGGGGUGGGAUGGGAAGCAGAAGGUGCUCUGUUCAGCUAAGUUGAAUUAAGUCGUGUCGUUUUAGUGCCAUAAGGGAGGGGAAAGAAUCUAGUUCCCCUGAAAUGACAACAUAUAUAAACACAGUAAUGUGUUAAAUGUCUGUCUAUACAAAUGUAUAGAUUUAUAGAAAUGUCCAGAUAUUUUAUAAGUAGAAGCUCCAGUGAAAAUGUUUUGUUUGACCUUGUUCACUAUGCAAGAGUUUAUUCCAGUAGAAAAUAGUUGAUCGCAGUUUCAUGGUAGGGUGCUGGGGACAUUGCUGGACAAACAGGUUCUAUAUUCCAGAUGUCCAUGUCUGCAGUAUGCUGGAUUCAUUCUUCAUGGUCCUCAGAUUCAUUUAGCUUUGGUGGGGGAUGGGCACUUCUUGUGCCUAGCUGGGGACAACCUCCUACAACACGGAGCAUGAAAACAAGCCCUGUGUUUUCAAAUGACGCUGGUGUGGUCUUGUCAGAGUAGGAUAUUAGAGGGUUGCCAGAGGGCCAAGUGCUUGUUGGCAGCCAUUCAGAAAACUAGAAGUGGGUUAGCAUGAGCCUUGGGUCAUAAACUGCUUUAAAAGAGUUAAGUUUGGAGAUGGGAUUUGCCCACAAGGAAGAGAGCGCUUGACCCUACCUUGUUAGCACAAUCUCAUCGUGGACUGUUUUAUUUAUGUUAUUAGUAACACUGUUUUAAGUGUUGUCCUUUCUAUGGUAUUUUAUUUAUAAAAAAUAUAUAUUAUAUAUAUAUAUAUAUAUAAUAAUUGCCUUUAUGUUUAGGAGUUGUGAGUUCUAACCAACCAGUGGACCAUUGUGAGCCUGUAAAUCCUGCACAGCUCCCAAAAUGACUGGGAGCAAUCUAUUAUAUUCACUUCUACCUUAGUACCAUUUCACCAGGAAAUAAGAUGAUACAGUAUAGAGGUCAUUGUCUUUGGCACUGUUGGCCAAAAUUUAUAAAAGAUCUGGUUGGACUGUUUGCUGCCGCCUCUGUUUUCUUUGGCCCUUGUUGUUCCCAUCUGAGGCCUUGAUUUUAUCAACAAAAGCACUGCUUUGUAUCCUCUAUUGGUAGAGCUGUAUUCCCUUUUACCUAGUUGUUUGCUGCUCAUUCCUUGCACGUUACUGAAAAUUAGAUUCUCUCUUGUAUACUUUUUUAUAUGUACUGUUAGGUCUUGAAAAUAUUGUACCAUCUAUUCCCAGAGUCCUUUUUCUGUUCAUUUUGAUUUUAUAUUUGAAUAUUUAACUCCAUGUUCUCUCCAUUAUUCCUUCCACUCAAAGUAUCAUUUGUAUCAUUUCCUGGUGAAUACACUGCAAAUUAUAUGAGUAUGGUUUACAUACUGAAUCUGGUAGCAGGUACUGUGCAGGAGACAGGUUAAUAGCAAAUAAUGACUUUGAUCAUGGCUUUUUGGAAAGCCUUUCAACAUGGGUUAUAUUCUUGACACUAUGGAGACUGUAAGGACCUAUACAUGGAAUCCUGGUUGAUCCCUUGUCACAAAUCCACUCAAGCUACAGUACUGCCUAGAAGAGAAAUUUUAUAUUUGAGUUUCACCUGUCUUGCUGUCUUUGAAAGCAAUGACUUUGAGGUGCAUGUUUUGUAUCAUAUAGAAAAGUAUGUUAUAUUUUCCUAAAAAAACAACAAAAAGUUGUAAUAUUGUUUUUGAAAUUGUACAUAGUUUAAAAGAUGUAGUUUUGGCAGGUGGAUUGUGGUAUUGUUUUUCAUUGUUGGUAUGAUUUACAUUAAAG